AUGAGCCGAGCAAGUCAGUUGGAGGCUGCGUACAAGGCGGUUGUUGAAGAGAUUGCAUCCUUUUGCAAAACCCACCAGCUCAACACGCCGAAUCUUGUUGCUGUGUCAAAGUACAAGCCCAAGGAGGAUAUCUUGACUUUAUACAACCUUGGCCAUCGUCACUUUGGCGAGAAUUAUGUGCAGGAGUUGACCGAGAAAGCCAAGGAGCUUCCCGACGACAUCCAAUGGCACUUUAUUGGCAACUUGCAGAGCAACAAGGCCAAGAUUGCUGGUCAAAUCCCCAACCUAGCCUAUGUUGAGACCCUUGACAGCGAGUCCAAGGCUACGAAACUCAACAAUCAGCGAGGCACUCUGCCCCCGCUAAAAGUAUACAUCCAAGUCAAUACAUCCGACGAGGAACAAAAGUCAGGCCUUUUUGAUUUCGCUUCUAUCGAGAGUUUAGCAAAGCAUGUGGUUUCAAAUUGCCCUUCGCUGACCUUGGUCGGUCUUAUGACCAUUGGUUCGCUUUCACAGUCGAAAAGCGAGAGCGAGAACCAGGACUUUAAAAAACUUUUAGCAAUCCGUGAAAAGUUGGCUGACUCCCUCAAAGUCUCUGCCGGGUCUUUAGGCUUGAGUAUGGGCAUGAGCUCCGAUUACCUCGAGGCCAUUCGUCAGGGAUCAACCAAUGUUCGAGUUGGAAGUCAGAUUUUUGGUGGCCGUCAAACUAAAGAGGAAAUUCAAGCCAACAGUUCUUCUUGA